AAGCUGCAUCUGCUGAAUGCUAGCUCUGCAAGUAUCCAGUCCUCUCUGCUGAGGGACCACAGGCUCCACAGCGCCCCCUGCAGGAACCAGACGGGGCUGACGUGCACAGCCAGAGAGGCCGGGGGCAUGGACGGUAAGAUGACGGCUGUAGGGAGCUCUCUGACUCAGACGUCAGGGAAGAGAGGGGUCCAGAGACCCCAGAGGAGGAGCUCCCACUCCCCGGAUCACAGCAGUGACUCCACCCACUCCCAGCAGAACCACGCUCAGAGAGGGAGGAGCUCUCGGCACCAGAAAAAGUCAAAGGGUGGCCACGCAUCCAAACGCCACCACCGCUCGGGUCGGGGUCCGGCACAUCACAGGAGCCCCUCGGGGACUCCGGGACGCCAUUCGCACACGUCAGCGAGGAAGAACAAAGAGUCUCGGAGCAAAGCCAACCWCCGGCAGCGCAGCAGCUCCUGGAGCAGCGGGCGCUCGUCCUCCCGCUCCGCCUCCAGAGACAAAGCCCCAGGCAAGGUCAAAUCGCCCCACGGCAGACAGAACGUGUCCAGAGAGAGGGACAGCGCUAACCGCUCAGACACUGACAGCCGAGCUCGCCGCCGCUCACGCAGCUACUCACCCAUACGGAAGAGACGACGAGACUCGCCCAGCUUCAUGGAGGCUCGAAGGAUUACCAGCGCACGGAAGCGGCCGAUCCCGUACUACCGCCCCAGCCUCUCGUCCUCCAGCUACGACAGUAGCCCGUCGCGAUCCAGCCGCAGCCGAAGCUACGGCAGCUACAGCAGCUACAGCCGGAGCAAGAGCCGGAGCCGGAGCCGGAACUGGAGCCGGAGUCGCAGUCAGAGCCGGAGUUGGAGCCGCUCCCGCAGCCACCACAGCUACUACAGCCGCAGCAGCGACGGCAGCCCAGGAUUCUGACCGCUGAGGAUGAAAACAUCACCAGACUGCACUGAGAAGCUACUGACAUCACCUUCAGCAGUGCUCCAGGUCCAAACCAACCAACUCGGAGCUUGAAUCAAAGAGAGCCGUUUUCUGAUUUAGCACAUUACUCCCACUGCUCGUCUCACGCAGACCUGGGAGUCAAACAAACCCACCAUCAACUCAGAGUCCAAAGAUCAAAUCUUACAGGAAGUUAGCACUUUGUUUUUCAUCUUCCUCAAGGAAACCAAAAGUCUGAUGUUCAGCAGCCAAAACCACAGCUGAGACCGGUCCAUACAGGCAGGCGGAGUCCAACCCCACCUGAAACCUAAAAACGAAGUGAUUUGCCCCAAAAACUCAUUCCUCCUACAAUGUAAACUGCAUCAGCUUGCUAUUUUUUAAUUCAUUAAUUUAAAAUGUUUUUUUAUUUUUUAGUGGGACAGUUUUUAAACCGUGGGACAGGACAGCUGAAUGUCCUCGCUCGUCAGCAGUCAGGACACAUCCGGCUUGUUUCAGCUCGUUAGAGAGCAGCUACACCUGCCGCGUCCAAAACUGCAGAGUUAAUGUUUCCAACAUGAGCUGAGAGACGCUGAGUCAGCAGCUCAGAGCAGACAGACAGGACCGGAACCAAACACAAAAACUAAAAACUAGAGAUGUGACGUUCGCAAACGAUCCGAGUCUUUUGAACGGCUCUUUACAACGAACGAUAGGAUCCGAAUCGCGGGCAGUAACGAGCCAUUUGAAGUUUUUUUUUCCUUUUAUUCCUCAUAUAAUCUUUAGUUCUUCAUAUUUAAAUCACUCCUGCUUUGCUUUUUCACAGAAAACAGGCGGAUUUGUGGAGUACAGAAGCUCACGGUGAAAGGGGGAGGGGGGCUUCCGCUUAACAAACACAUGUUUCCACCCAUGUGACGGGAUUACGUCAUUACAUAUGACUACGUGAUGAUGUAUGUCUCUACGUGAUGUAUUUCUCUACAUGCUGAUGUAUGUCUCUACGUGAUGACGUAAUACAUUCAGAUCGCCCUCAGCUGGUGCUUAUUUGACUGGUUUCUGAAUGUAAUGGUUGGGGCUUUAAAGCYGAGGAGGGAAUAUUUAUGCACACGUUAACUCCUUUAGUUUGAUUGUUUUAAUGAAUUAUUUUACAGAAUUUUUUUUGCCCAUUUAUCAUUGUUAACCUUAUCAUAGAAUAUUAUGGUACUUAAAUUAGAAAUCCAGUUCAGAAAGCUGUGGUUCWGUCUGUCUGCUUUAUUUCACACAGUUAAAGUUAACUGUUUUUUUUUUAAUUUAAUCCUUAAUCCCGACCCCCCCCUCCCAAAAAAAAAUCUUAAACAACAUCUCUGUUUUUCUUUCGCUGUAAAAUUUGUGGGUUUUGAUUCAGGAAACAAAUGUCUGACUGAUGUGUUCCAUGACAAUAUACACACCUAUAUAUACUAUAUAUAUUCUAAAACAGAGGCGACAGAUAGGAGAGAUCCACUGAAGGAAACUUUAUGUACAUUUUUACAGACUGUUUAGGCUUUUUAUGUUCUUAUUUACCCACAAAGACUCACAUUUCAUUAAAGCGCAGUGAUCAACAAAACUGAGAACAAAGGAGACGAGGAACGAAGGAA